AUGGUAUACAAAAUGGAUCUAUUACUACUGUUAAUAUUAACAUUUCAACAAAUAAGAUACAACAUUGGAAGCAAAGAUGUACCAGUUCACCAAAUCGAAUCUUUGGUUGGAGAAAAUAUAUUCCUUCCAUGCAAUAUAACUACUUAUGACGGAGAUGAGCCUGUGUUGGUUUUAUGGUACAGAGAUGAUAAGGGAACACCCAUUUACAGUAUUGACAUACGCGCAGGUGUUUCCAAAGCACCAAAAAGAUGGUCUGAUGAUGCUGUCUUUGGAGAUAGAGCUUAUUUUAUUUUUGACAAGGAGCCUGGAAAACUUUCAAUCCAAAACACCCAACCAUCCGACUCAGGAACAUUUAGAUGCCGGGUAGAUUUCUUGAAGGCACAAACAGUAAACAGCCGUGUAAGGCUAAACGUCAUAUCUCCGCCUAAGCAAGUAAUUAUUCGAGAUAAUGACAACGUUGAGCGAUCUACAGUGGUAGGCCCAUAUAGUGAAGGCGACAUUGUGAUCUUAAAAUGUCAAGUAGUUGGAGGCUACCCAGUUCCUACAAUUAGUUGGUAUCGAGAUGGUGUGGAAAUGCCUUGCGAUGUUUUUCAUUCAGAAGGAGGAAAAAUGAUCGAAUGUGUAAUAUCAUUGACAUCGCUUGGAAGAAAAGACCUUAACUCUCGACUUACAUGCAGAGCAGUGAGCCAUCCUCGUGCACCAAUCGUUGAAGCUGUUGUUCAAAUUGAUAUGAACUUUUCGCCCUUAAACAUCCGAUUGUUAGGGGCUCAUCAGCCUCUCUCUGCUGGACGAAGAUAUGAUCUUUUAUGUCAAAGUGCUGGAUCCAGACCGCCUGCAGUAAUUACUUGGUGGCAAAAUGGAAUACGACUUGAAAAAACAACGGAAACUACGUCAAGUGAUGGUAACCAGACAACAAGUACUCUUUCCAUCAGCCUAAGUAAAGCCGAUGCGGGGAAGUUUUUAUCGUGCAAAGCUUACAACCAUGCUGUCCCAUCGGAGCCUCUAGAAGAUGGAUGGAAGCUUGACAUUCAAUAUGUUCCGGAGGCCUAUGUUCGAUUGGGAACGUCUUUAGAUGCAAAUACUUUACGUGAGGGCUCAGAUGUUUACUUUGAUUGUCUAGUGAUAGCUCAUCCAAAUGUUUUUCGAAUUGAAUGGCGUCACAACGAUCAACCAUUGUUUCAUAACAUUUCUCAAGGGAUAAUAAUUAGUAACCACUCUUUGGUUCUGCAAGGUGUGACAAGAUCAACUGCUGGUAACUAUUCAUGCGUUGGAUUUAAUGCAGAAGGAGAAGGAAUCAGUGCCCCGUUUGCCUUGAAUAUUUUGUAUUCUCCCACAUGUUUGCAGAACCAGAAGAAAAUCUAUGGGAUAGCAAAACACGAAGAUGCUAAAAUAAGGUGUGUUGUCGAUGCAAACCCACAUGAAGUCGAAUUUAGUUGGACAUUUAAUAAUUCGGCGGAAAGUAUUGACGUUGCUAAAAAUCACAUUAUUCAAUCGGGCACAUCUUCCGUUGUAACAUACACUCCAAUAACUGAACUGGACUAUGGUACCCUUUUAUGUAUAGCUACGAAUAAAAUCGGAAAGCAGCGAGUACCCUGCGUAUUUCACAUUAUUGCUGCAGGUCGACCGGAAAAAGUGCACAAUUGUACUCUAAUCAAUAUAUCUGUGUCAUCAUUAACGGUUACUUGUAGUGAUGGUUUCAAUGGCGGUCUACCGCAACAUUUUCUUAUGGAGCUGACGGACACUAAUACACAUGAAAUGAAAGCAAAUAUUACAUCAACGAAUCCAAGAUUUACGGUUUCGGGUCUUACUCCAGGUACCCUGUAUAAGCUAUCUAUAUUUUCCUUUAAUACAAAAGGCCGAUCUGAUCCUGAAAUACUUAAUGCGGCUAUGCUCCGAAUGCCAGAAAAGCAGCUAACAUCAGAACAGACUAAUAAUCUUCGUGCGGAGCUUUUAUUCUCGCCAGUUGUAUCGCUAACAAUUGGAUUAACCUUAGCUGUACUGGUCGCCAUACUAGCGAUUAUACUCGCUCUACGAAUACCAUGCACAGCUUCAUCCAGAAGGCGUCAGAAAGAACUGUCUAAUGAGAAUAUAUCAAGAGGUGAAUCUCCAGGACCAAGCGAUAAAAGUUCUGCAAGUAAGGAUCUAGAGGAUUAUGAUGAAAAAAAUCCCGAUGUUGUACCGGAAACUAUUGAUUCAGAUGAUCAGCCCGACAGUACAAGGAACAGACAACAGAUUUCAACAAUCCAUACUGACCACAGUCCUAGUAGAGGAAUUUCUUUAAAUGAGCCGCAACAUAUAACAGCUGCUGAAAUGACAUUACGCACUUCCCACGGCAUGGGCUAUUGUACUUUACGCAGUGGAGUGCAUAGCCCAGUACAGGCUAUGGCUGGAGAAAUCUCAAUUAACGUUACUCCACAUGUAUAUUCAAGCUCAAUUUCCCAAUGUACACUACCUCGCCAGUCGUUGCACAAUGCUUGGCCAAAGUAUAAUUGCAACAUAAGCGGAAUUAGACCAACAUCAACGUUUCAUCAACUUUCUUUUCCACAAUCAAGAGUGCAUAGCCAUAACCAUUCACAAUCAUUGCUUGGACAUUCAACUGCAUCAUCUUUAGCUUCGAAUAGCUCUAUUCCUUCGCCAUCAAAUGUUUUACCUCAGCCACAAGGAAGAACAAUACCCUUGCAUCAUAUAAACCAAUCUCAAAGCGGUAGAGUCUGUAUAGGACUCGGCAGCGAUGAAAUUCACUCAGUUGAACAAAAUCUUUCCGAUGACGAGGUUACCGUCCAAACUCCAUUAAUGAUUAAACGCGACAGCACUGUAUGACUAUAGAAAUUCCACAGGGUGGUCGACACUCCCCUGUGAUUACAUUAUUAAUAUUCUCUGUAUCCUGAAUUUCAAACUCUUAGAAUAAACUUUUAUACUUUA